GCUUGGGCCCGGCCGGGUGGGGCUUGGGCCGGGGCUGGCGGCCGGGACGCGGCGGGGCGUGGGCGUGCGCUCCGGCCGGGGCAGGGAGGGACGCGACCUGUCGAGCCCGCCUGUCCCGCGCCCCUGGAGGGCCCCGCACCAUCGGGAUCCGAGACCCGAGCUCCAGGGAGGCGCACAGCCCGCGGGGAAACAAGGCAAGCGGGGCGGCGAGUCCCUCUCGGCUCCCAGGGCGAAUCGCCUCUCGGCUUUCAAAGAUGGCAUUUCCUGGGCCUGGCACGAACUCUAGAGCCAAUAAAUCCUCCCUGUUCCGCGGGCGAUAUGGAAUUAUUUAUCAGGUUAUCCAGCAAUAGUUAUGACCUCCCGGUUACGUGUGUUGGGUGGAAGAAUUAAUAACACACGCACCUCAGAAUUACCCAAAGAGAAAACACGAUCUGAAGUUAUCUGCAGCAUCCGCUUUUUAGAUGGCUUGGUGCAGACCUUUAAAGCUAAUAAACAAGAUACUGGUCAAGUUCUUUUGGAUAUGGCAUAUAACCAUUUGGGUGUGACUGAAAGGGAGUAUUUUGGUUUACAACAUGGCGAAGACUCAAUGGAUUCUCCCAGAUGGCUUGAAUCAAGCAAACCCAUCAGGAAACAGUUAAAAGGAGGUUUCCCCUGUACCCUGCAUUUUCGAGUAAGAUUUUUUAUACCUGAUCCCAACACACUGCAGCAAGAACAAACCAGGCAUUUGUAUUUCUUACAACUGAAGAUGGAUAUUUGUGAAGGAAGGUUAACCUGCCCACUUAACUCGGCAGUGGUUCUGGCAUCCUACGCCGUUCAAUCUCAUUUUGGAGACUAUGAUUCUUCCAUACAUCAUUCAGGCUACCUUUCUGAUUGUCAGUUUAUACCAGAUCAGAAUGAUGAUUUUCUAACAAAGGUGGAAUCCCUCCAUGAGCAGCACAGUGGUCUAAAGCAAUCAGAAGCGGAAUCUUGCUAUAUCAACAUAGCACGGACCCUUGAAUUCUAUGGAGUGGAACUGCACAGCGGUAGGGAUCUGCACAAUUUAGAUCUAACGAUUGGAAUUGCUUCCGCCGGCAUUGCCGUGUACCGAAAAUACAUUUGCACAAGUUUCUAUCCUUGGGUGAACAUUCUAAAAAUUUCUUUCAAAAGGAAAAAGUUCUUUAUACAUCAGCGACAAAAACAGACCGAAUCCAGGGAACAUAUUGUGGCCUUCAACAUGUUAAAUUACCGAUCCUGCAAAAACUUGUGGAAAUCCUGUGUCGAGCAUCACACAUUCUUUCAGGCCAAGAAGCUACUACCUCAGGAAAAGAAUGUUCUGGCCCAGUACUGGACUCUGGGUGCCAGGAACCCCAAAAAGUCUUUAAAUAACCAGUAUUGCAGAAAGGUGAUUGGAGGGAUGGUGUGGAACCCAGCCAUGCGGAGAUCUUUAUCAGUGGAACGUUUAGAAACCAAGAGUCUCCCUUCUCGGUCCCCUCCUAUUACUCCCAACUGGCGCAGUCCUCGGCUCCGGCACGAAAUCCGAAAGCCACGGCACUCUUCCGCAGACAACCUGGCGAACGAAAUGACGUACAUCACGGAAACCGAGGACGUGUUCUAUACGUACAAGGGCUCCCUGUCCCCAAAAGACAGCGAUUCCGAGAUGUCUCAGAACCAAAGCCCAUGCCGAGAGAGUAUAUCCGAGAACAAUCCAGCACAAAGCUGCCUGACCCAGAAGUCAUCCAGUUCUGUGUCUCCAUCUUCAAAUGCUCCAGGCUCCUGCUCACCAGAUGGGGUCGACCAGCAGUUCUUAGAGGACUAUCACAGGGUGACCACAGGGGGCUCCUCCCAGGACUCCAGCCAAUACUACUGGGACAAGGAUGAUACCUACCUACUUUUGAUCCGUAUCACUCCGGAUGAAGAUGGAAAAUUCGGAUUUAAUCUGAAGGGAGGAGUGGAUCAGAAGAUGCCUCUUGUGGUAUCCAGGAUAAACCCAGAGUCACCUGCGGACACCUGCAUUCCUAAGCUGAACGAAGGGGAUCAAAUCGUGUUAAUCAAUGGCCGGGAUAUCUCGGAACACACCCACGACCAAGUGGUGAUGUUCAUCAAAGCCAGCCGGGAGUCCCACACACGGGAGCUCGCCCUGGUCAUCAGAAGGAAAGCGGCCCACUCAUUUGCUGAUAUCAAAUCUGAAGAUGAACUGAACCAGCUUUUCCCAGAGACCAUUUUCCCCAUGUGUCCGGAGGGUGGGGACACACUACAGGGAUCUAUGGAACAGCUCAAGAAGGGCCUCGAAAGCGGGACGGUGCUGAUCCAUUUUGAGCAACUCUACAGAAAGAAGCCUGGUUUGGCCAUCACGUUUGCAAAGCUGCCUCAAAAUUUGGACAAAAACCGAUAUAAAGAUGUGCUGCCUUAUGACACUACCAGGGUAUCAUUGCUUGGAAGUGAAGAUUAUAUUAAUGCAAGUUAUGUGAACAUGGAAAUACCUACUGCUAACCUUGUGAACAAGUACAUUGCCACUCAGGGACCCCUGCCACAUACCUGCGCACAGUUUUGGCAGGUAGUCUGGGAUCAGAAGUUAUCACUCAUCGUCAUGUUGACAACGCUCACAGAGCGAGGGCGGACCAAAUGCCACCAGUACUGGCCCAACCCUCCCGACGUCGCAGAACACGGCAGCUUCCACGUGCAGUGCCGCUCAGAGGAUUGCACCAUUGCCUACGUGUUCCGAGAAAUGUUGGUCACCCAUGUAGAGACAGGAGAGGAGCACACGGUCACACAUCUCCAGUAUGUCGCCUGGCCCGACCACGGCGUUCCCGACGACUCCUCAGACUUUCUGGAAUUUGUCAACUAUAUGAGGUCCCUGAGAGUGGACAAGGAGCCUGUCUUGGUUCACUGCAGUGCUGGGAUAGGUCGAACCGGUGUGCUGGUCACCAUGGAAACAGCCAUGUGCUUAAUUGAGAGAAACCUGCCCGUUUGCCCGCUGGAUAUCAUCCGGAAAAUGCGAGACCAGCGCGCCAUGAUGGUGCAGACAUCAAGCCAGUACAAGUUUGUGUGCGAAGCGAUUCUUCGUGUUUUUGAAGAAGGCUUAGUCCCAAUGCUGGAACCCAGUUAAGACAACUGUGAACACGUUCAUUCCUCCUUCCCAAGAGCAUCCUCCUCAAGGACCGGCAGACCCUCUCUCUGGAAGCAGCAAGAGGGGUCUUUGUGGGCGGUGGGGAAGGAAGGAGCACUUUUGAAACCAGGCACUUUAAAUUUCUCUAGAAGAGGUAUCGUGUACAUAGGAACUAUGUAGAUACGCAUGCAGUUAUGUAUAGCAUCAUUUAGAACCGGUUGUCCAACGGAGAGAAAUAAGCAAAAGGAAUCUCCCUUUGGGAUCUGUCCUGAUGCCUUCUUCCCCAUACCCCUGGAAGCCAUCCUGGGCAUCCCAGAGGGAAAGCCGGCAGCCCGAAGGACCUCCAAGGAGCACGAUGGCAUGGUUACUUAGGGUUGCUUGGAUGUUUGUGUGUGUAAGUGUACAGAAUAUGGGCUGUGUAAGGGCUGAGCUUUCUGUGCUUCUAGGCAGAGCUGGAACAAUAGAGUUCACCAGACGCUGAUGCUAUGGAAACCCCGAUGAAUGUACUAGACUAGGCAGAGUGGUGGAUUUCAGGCUAAAGGGCAAGCCUCGUGUGCCCUCCCUCCCUUUGUCCCAUCUCCCUGUCGCUUCUGAUGUUCGUGUUUCUGAGAAUCGGGCCCCAAACCCUCUGUUUUCUCCUUGCCUUCAUGACCCUCUCCGGCUUCCCACGCACGACCUGAACCGGAUUGAGAAUGCCGUGUUCCGCUGAAUUUUCAGCUGGGACUCCGAGAACCAGGACGCUCAGUGUCUGACUUUGAUCGCACGUUAGUUUGGGAAGCAGGUGUCUCUUGUGUCUGCUCACCUCUCUUGUACCCUCAGAAUCCAGGACUGGAAUCAUUUACUACUGAAUCUACUCCAUGUAUUGCUGCUACUUCAAGCUAUUACACUUGAAACCUUAUGAUUUGUGUGAGGGGAAAUGGAAUCGUGUCGUCUAAAUGUUCAGAAUCUCUUGCCCUUCUAAGGAUGAUCUUCUAAUAAUUGAAUGAUGGGAAACCCAGUUUCCGGAGGGUUGUCUGCUGGUGUGUGUAUGUGUGUGUGUGCCUGUGGGUGAGUGUUUCUCGGGAUUCCGAACUGGAUUCAAAUUACAGUUGAGUUUAUGUAAAGAAUGACUGUGCGGGAGAACAAAUGUGUGCAUUCACCCUGAGUUACAGCGGUCUCCACUGCAUUUCAAAGGAGAGGAUCAGACUAUCUGAAUAUAAACGCAAUUUGAUGUUAAUUUAUUCUAAGUACAUCAUGAUUUUGAUUGUCCUGAAGAAUUCUGCCUUUGAUAAUACUGUGUUAAUUUGUUUUUUAAUUUGUUGUCAGGAUUGUAGCAAAUUACUAUUUAAGGAAAAUAAAUUACAUUAAAAAUUUUAA